CUCUUCGAGUGUGCAUUCAAGUGCGAAGUUGAACAGACGACACAAUCCCUGCGGCCAAAUGGAGGUUCAUAAGGUCAAGCACGCGACGUCGCAACCUCCAAAGGGGGACAACGGAGUCACAACACCACCAAAUUUGUUCAGAGAAGUGAAUGACGUCAUCAUCUCGCGUUAUUUUCCUGAAGAAAACCUCCGAUCUGCCAUCGCCUACAAGCCACGACCGGGAGAGCUCUUCGUCGCCAGCUAUAUGAAGUGCGGCACAACGUGGAUGCAGACCAUAGUCUACGGUAUCCUCAACGACGGUACCCCUCCGCAAGAUUCAAUAGACUUCAUGCUGAGAUCUCCGUACAUCGACCUCCUGGGUGCAGAAGCGGCGGACAAGAUGCCCGGACCAGGCGCCAUCAAGACGCACUUGCCUUUUGAGAAAGUACCGUACUCUCCAGAUGCCAAAUACAUCUGCAUUGCCAGGAACCCUUAUGACUGUUGCGUGUCCUUUUAUCAUCACAUGCUGAACGCCCCGUUCGAGCCUCCACAAGGCGGUGACUUUGACGCAUUCCUCGACAUGUUCAUUCGAGGGGAGGUUCAUUACGGAUGCUACUUCCGUCACUUGCUUUCCUGGUACGAGCGCAAGAAUGACGCCAACGUGAUGUUUGUGACAUUCGAAGAACUGAAGAGGGACACCCGCGGUGGGGUGUUGAAGGUCGCCGACUUUAUUGGAGUAGAGUACGGAGAAAAACUGAGGAACAAGCCGGAGUUACUCGAAAGCGUGCUGAGGAUGGCGGGCAUCGAGGCGAUGCGGAAGAUCUUUGACGACGACAUGCCGACUUUGGUGUCCAGGUUGUUCCUCCUUCCUCCUGGCAGGGGCUUGCAGUCCUUGGAAAUAUUCAAGGGCAUGGCAUGGACGGUGCCGCCUUCGCGAAAGAAGGGCGGCUUGAUUCGAAAAGGCCUGGUUGGCGACUACAAGAAUUACUUUUCCAGUGACCAACUGACCACAAUGAAGGACUGGAUAAGGACGAAGACAAAGAACAGUGACGUGAUGUCGCUGUGGGAGAACGUCGAGCUUCCGUAAUUCCGAGGGAUUGUCUCGAGCGGCACACUUCAAAACUCGACCUCUUGGAAGACUCAGAAGACAUCAGCUAUUUCGCUAAAGGGCUAUGCAGAAAGCAAGUCGUCUGCUUCCUUUGCAAAGGUUGUGGUGACGUCAAAACGCCGAGCUCCGAUUGGUUCUUAAUGAAGGAUAGUGAGUAGACCUUUAAGGCAGCUUGCUUUGGGGACUACCCACUAUCCUACUAUAAUAGCCAAUCAGAGCACGGCGUCUUUCUGACGUCACCGCAAUUCCUGCACAAGAAGCAGACGAUUUGCUUUCCGCAUACCCACUGCCAGCUGAAGCAAGGCGGAGUUUUACGAGUUCCGGGCAUCUAAUUAUAGCUCCACAGCCACAGGGAUUGCAGCAUCAACCGAUAUGAGUGCCGAAGAACCAGUCACGUCGCGGAGGAUGCGGUCGAGCUUCAGCAGGAAGGCAACGACAUUGCCUUCCAAUGGCUCCCAAACCACUGUGGCAUUAGAGGCAAUGAAGUCGUUGAUUUUCUAGCGGUGCGGGCUCACAAGGAACCCGAGUGGCCGCUUUCAACCGUUCCCCGAUUCUCAGACGCCAGGCUCCUUGUGAAAAGAGCCAUCGCCCUAAACAGCACCCGGACCCGGUAGUGGUUGCGGGUGCCUUCCCAGCUCGGGUACGGCGCGGCUUCGACCGCCAAACUGCCGCAGUAAUGCACAGAUUACGGACCGGAAGCGCCUUCAAUCCGGCGUGGAUAAGUCGCUUCAGACUCAGUGUUGACCCCAUAUGCCAGACCUGCGAGGAAACGGCCGACGCCGAACAUCUCCUCCUGCACUGUAGUGAUCACGAAGAGGAGCCAACCAACCUCCGUGAUGCCUUUUCCCGCUUAGGGCUACCUAGUACCAACUUGGAGAAACUUCUGCGUCCAAGAGCCUCACGAGCUACUACAGACAAGGCACUCAAAAGUCUAGUCAGCUUCCUGCAGGAGCGCGGAACUCCUCGAGAUCCUCUAAGACUUCCAAGAGAUCUGGGUUGCUUGCGGCUCCUGGGGCUUCUGGGGAUCUUACAUCCAGAGGUUUUCAGGAGUUCCAGGAGUCGCCAUUUUGUACCGAAACCCGUAGGAAAGUCAACACUGAAAGAAUCCCCCUCCCCUUCCCCCUCCCUUCUCUCUACUCCUGUAUCUCUUUUUUCCCUUAAUUCCCUUUCCCAUCGACAGUGACAUGUGCGCCCAGAGCGCAACUGAGAACAACGUCGAUUUCCUAAUAAACAUGGCCUUAACAACAA